AGUGGGAGGAGGCGCGGCAGCGGCCGGCCGCGGAGGGCAGGGGAGGGCAGCGGAGAGUAGACGCUGGCGGGCGGGCGGGGCACGGAGCCCCGCGGCCCUCCCCGGGGGCGGCGCCCACCCGGAACCGGACGCAGCUGAGCCCGGGGGCAGGCUGGGGCGCGGAGAGCCGGGUGCUGCUGCCUCCCGGCAAGGGCCGCGGCGGAAAGAUGCCAGUUCGCAGGGGCCACGUCGCGCCCCAGAACACUUACCUGGACACCAUCAUCCGCAAGUUCGAGGGCCAGAGUCGUAAGUUCCUGAUUGCCAAUGCUCAGAUGGAGAACUGCGCCAUCAUUUACUGCAACGAUGGCUUCUGUGAACUCUUCGGCUACUCCCGAGUGGAGGUGAUGCAGCGACCAUGUACCUGCGACUUCCUCACAGGCCCCAACACCCCACGCAGUGCCAUGUCCCGCCUGGCGCAGGCCCUGCUGGGGGCCGAGGAGUGCAAGGUGGACAUCCUCUACUACCGCAAGGAUGCCUCCAGCUUCCGCUGCCUGGUGGAUGUGGUCCCUGUGAAGAAUGAGGAAGGGGCUGUCAUCAUGUUCAUCCUCAACUUUGAAGACCUCGCCCAGCUCCUGGCCAAGAGCGGGAGCCGCAGCCUGUCCCAGUGCCUGCUGUCCCAGAGCUUCCUGGGCUCUGAGGGCUCUCACAGCAGGCCGAGUGCACAGGGGCCUGGCACGGGCAGGGUCAAAUACAGGACCAUCAGCCAGAUCCCGCAGUUCACACUCAACUUCGUGGAGUUUAACCUGGAGAAGCACCACUCGGGUUCCACCACAGAGAUUGAGAUCAUCGCACCCCACAAAGUGGUGGAGCGGACCCAGAACGUCACCGAGAAGGUCACCCAGGUCCUGUCCCUGAGCGCGGACGUGCUUCCAGAGUAUAAACUACAGGCCCCGCACAUCCACCGUGGGACCCUCCUGCACUACAGCCCCUUCAAGGCCGUGUGGGACUGGCUCAUCCUGCUGCUGGUCAUCUAUACGGCUGUCUUCACACCCUACUCGGCUGCCUUCUUGCUCAGUGACCAGGACGAGUCCCGGCACGGGGACUGCAGCUACACCUGCAACCCGCUCACCGUCGUGGACCUCAUCGUGGACAUCAUGUUUAUUGUGGACAUUGUCAUCAACUUCCGCACCACCUAUGUCGACACCAACGAUGAGGUGGUCAGCCAUCCCCGCCACAUCGCCGUCCACUACUUCAAGGGCUGGUUCCUAAUAGACAUGGUGGCUGCCAUCCCCUUUGACCUGCUCAUCUUCCGUACCGGCUCUGAUGAGACCACAACCCUGAUCGGGCUGCUGAAGACUGCCAGGCUGCUGCGGCUGGUGCGCGUGGCCCGGAAGCUGGACCGCUACUCCGAGUACGGAGCGGCCGUGCUCUUCCUGCUGAUGUGCACCUUUGCACUCAUCGCGCACUGGCUGGCCUGCAUCUGGUACGCCAUCGGCAAUGUGGAGAGGCCCUACCUGGAGCCCAAGAUCGGCUGGCUGGAUAGCUUGGGUGUGCAGCUUGGCAAGCACUACAAUGGCAGCGACCCAGCCUCAGGCCCUUCAGUGCAGGACAAGUAUGUCACCGCGCUCUACUUCACCUUCAGCAGCCUCACCAGCGUGGGCUUCGGCAACGUCUCACCCAACACCAACUCUGAGAAGGUCUUCUCUAUCUGCAUCAUGCUCAUUGGCUCCCUCAUGUACGCCAGCAUCUUUGGCAACGUGUCCGCCAUCAUCCAGCGCCUGUACUCAGGCACCGCGCGCUACCACACCCAGAUGCUGCGUGUCAAGGAGUUCAUCCGCUUCCACCAGAUCCCCAACCCGCUGCGGCAGCGCCUCGAAGAGUACUUCCAGCACGCCUGGUCCUAUACCAAUGGCAUCGACAUGAACGCGGUGCUGAAGGGCUUCCCCGAGUGCCUGCAGGCCGACAUCUGCCUGCACCUGCACCGUUCGCUGCUGCAGCACUGCCCUGCCUUCCAUGGCGCCAGCAAGGGCUGCCUGCGCGCGCUUGCUGUCAAGUUCAAAACCACGCACGCCCCGCCCGGGGACACACUGGUGCACCUUGGCGACGUGCUCUCCACGCUCUACUUCAUCUCCCGUGGCUCCAUCGAGAUCCUGCGCGACGACGUGGUGGUGGCCAUCCUAGGAAAGAAUGACAUCUUUGGGGAGCCCGUUAGCCUCCAUGCCCAGCCUGGCAAGUCGAAUGUGGAUGUGCGGGCCCUGACCUACUGUGACCUGCACAAGAUCCAGCGGGCAGACCUGCUGGAGGUGCUGGACAUGUACCCCGCUUUUGCAGACAGCUUCUGGAGUAAGCUGGAAGUCACCUUCAACCUGCGGGAUGCAGGUGUGGGUCUCCAGGCAGCUCCCCAGCAGGAUCCAGGCAGCCAGGACCACCAGGGCUUCUUCCUCAGUGACAACCAGUCAGGUGAAACCCCCAAGCUAGGGCCCCAGCCCCUUUCCCAGGGCUACACCCUUCUGGGUCCUGGCAGCCAGAUCUCCAUGGGGGCAGGACUUUGUACUCCAGGGCACCCAGCUGCUGCCCCUUCCCAGAGCAUCUCAGAUGCAUCUGGCCUCUGGCCUGAGUUGCUGCAGCAAGUGCCCCCAAGGCCAAGGCAGAGCCCCCCAAACCCUCAGGGAGACCCCGACUACUGGCCUCAGGAGCUAGGCUCCAGGCUAGAGCAGCUCCAGGCUCAAAUGAACAGGCUGGAGUCCCGCAUGUCCUCAGACCUCAGCCGUAUCCUGCAGCUCCUUCAGCAGCCCCUGCCUCAGGGUCACACUGGCUACAUUCUGGAAGCCCCUGCUUCCAGUGACCUGGCCUUGUUUCCUGCAGCCUCAACAACUCAGAGUCCAGGAACUAGGCUGCCCCAGGGCAGUCUGCCUCCUGCACAGACCGCAAGCUGUGGUGACUUGGAUGAAUGUAGGCCAAAGCCUAGGAACUCCUCCUCCGGGUCACCUCACCUGGUCAAGGCAAUGGCUAAAACUCUGAGAUUAUCUUCAGAAGUGGAGCAGCCUGAGGGGCUCCUGUCACCCCUGAGCUCCUCUCUGCAUCCCUUGGAGGUACAGGGACUUUUCUGUGGUCCCCGCUUUCCUUCCCUCCCUGAACACCUUGGCUCAGUCCCCAAGCAGCUGGUGUUCCAGAGACAUGGCUCGGAUCCUGGAUUUGCAGGGAGUUAGAACCAGCAAAGCCCAAAAUAAAAGAUACCAUGAGGGGAUUGAAGGUGGCUGAGGGGAGAGUUAAGGAUUUGGGGGAGGCAGACAGCUGCCAGAAUGGGCGUCUGAAAACAAUUCUAGAGUAGCUACAAACUGCCAACCCAGGUGACCCAGAUGGCACAGGUGGAGAGGUUGAGAACUUUCCCCAGCCACCUCCAGGGCUCUGUUUAGACAGCAGGCCUGGUACAGGGUGGGUGAACCUCAGGCGUGGUGGUAACUUACAGAGCAGAAGGAGGGGUCAGUGAAAAGAGCCGUUUCUGAUCUUCUGUGUGACAACAUUGCUGUGGGCUGGGUGCAAUCACCUCCCGCCUCAGAACUAUACACCGCCUCACUGCCCAGCACCCAAGGUUGCUCAGACCUCCUGCUGAGAGCCUGGGAACUGGCUGGAGCUGAAAACAUCCUCUAUAGUGGGCACAUCAGAGCACCAAGCUCUGUCAUUCCUCCACUCAUGCCACCCCUGAUGUUUCUGUGAUGACCUUAAGGACCAUAAAGGCAGUGGAGUGUUUUACAGCUAAUAAAGUCUGCACAUUUCAU